AUGGCGAAGCGCAAGCGUAACAAUGCGCAAACAAAUGCAGUGAAGAAGCCAGCCACGAACGGUAUCCCAAGCCCGCCACAAGAGACGAACCCAUUGGAACCUGCGAAUGUUCAUUCGGUUAUCUCGUCCGAAGAGAUUGAAGUUACGGUCGAGACGCUGCAGACUCUGGCCAAGCACCCCGUUUUGAUCAAAUCGAAAGCAUGCAAAGAUCUCAGGACAGCCGUAUAUGGCUUUCGCCAGGCAUGCACGACAGGUCUGAACUCUGCUGAGGGCAGCAAUCUCACCGCACGCAUUUCAGCAGCUCUCACAGACUCCAAGUACUUGGAUGCACUCAUUCUCCUGGCCGAGAUGCGCAUCCGCAAGGACACACCCACGCUAGGAGCUCUUUGCCGCUGGGUCCGUACGCUGGACGUCGUCUCUGGACUUUCUAUUCACGUCCAGGUCCCCAGCCAGACCGUCGUUGGCCACAACGCCGAGAACGAGAAGUUGAUCCAAGUGCUGGAUGCCAUUCUCAGAGUUACUGGACCCACGGAUACGACCUCGAAUGGCACAGCUGUCGACUCAAAGCCUAUUUCGCUCCAGGAGAUCUGGAAUCUGCGCGGUUCAAGCGAGCCAACUAGGCAGGUGCGCAGGAGUAUUGAAGACAAGUCGAUAUUCGCUACGUGUUCGCCAGAUCUGAAGGAUAACUUUAGAGUCAUUGAGACUACGGCGGGUCUCCAGCGGAAGCCUCCGAAUCUGCAUCCUGCGGUCUUGUACGCUUCGCAAGACGAUGCGGUACUACUAGGAGAAGGACCCAAGACGGAAUGCUUCAAGCACCCUAUCGUACCAAAUCUUCGACUCAUUAGAGACGUUUUGUCGCCUGAGGAGUGUACGGCUAUUAUCGCAGCUGGAGAGACGAUCGAGUUCAUCCCAGAUGCGCCUAUGCGGCCUCAAGGCGAGGAUACGAGUGUCCUAGCCCACAACUUCUACUGGGUCAUCGAUCAAGCGUUCCACGACAAGCUGUGGAGCAGAGUCAAGGCUUUUGUGCCAGAAGUAGUGGCAGGAAAACAGAUGGCGCUUGGCCACCCUCAGGCAUCGAUCCUGUCACAGAAUGCUUACCAGUACGACUCCUCGCCGACAGAUGCGCGCCAGUCUUCGCUCUUCACGUUCCUCAUCUACCUCAACGACGACUUCAAGGGCGGCGAGACUACCUUCUUCAUUCCGAGUGUCAAGGAGGGUGUCAUCAAUGCGUAUCCAGUCAAGCCUAUCAUGGGUAGUGUGGCAGUGUUCCCGCAUGGAGAGGCUCAGGGUGCGUUGCUGCACGAGGGAACGGGCGUAGUGGAGGGUGCGAAAUGCCAGGCUGGCGGUUUAUGGCAUUGUCUCGUAUCUGAUAUUGCGGCCUAG